AUGCCAGUCUUCACGGAACAUUCUGCCGCAUCGCGCGAGCUUCGCGUUCUCCCAUCAUUCGCACCCCCGCUCCCGCGUCUAGCUCCACAACUCGCAGAGAACACAACAGAAAAAUAUGAAGUCGUCAUUGUGGGCGCCGGGCCUGCAGGGCUUAUGCUGGAUCUUCUUCUGGCACGAUACGGAUUGAGUGACGAGUCGCUGCUCUGCGUAGACUCCAAGCCAACCACGCUGAAGUCAGGACAAGCCGAUGGCCUUCAGCCGCGCACACUCGAAACGUUGAAGUCGCUAGGUCUGGCAGACGAGAUUCUCACCGAAGGAUGUCAGAUGUGGCAGGUAAGCUCCACCCUCCUCGGUAAAAAAAAAAAACCUUCGCUAACGGCAAAGGUCGCAUUUUGGAACCCAUCGAACGACAAAGAUAAAAUCAUUGAGCGAACAUCGAUUGUCCAGGAUGUCGCUGUACCUGCUCGCUUCCCACAUGAAGUUACGAUUCACCAAGGUCGAAUUGAACGAAUCUUGGAAACGGAUUUGUUGCGCUAUUCGAAACGCGGUGUACAGCGUAACACUAAACUGAUCGAAGCCAAGAUCGACGAGGAGGGCGAUGCGGAGUUUCCGGUUCUGGCAGAGAUUGAGACCGAAGGACACAGGCGAACCGUGAGAACAAAAUAUCUUGUUGGCGCAGACGGCGCACACUCUGUUGUUCGACGCAGCAUGGGCCUCAAGCUCGAGGGUGAAUCACUGGAUCACAUCUGGGGUGUCGUCGACCUCGUCGUUGACACCGAUUUCCCUGACAUCAGGAGACGAUGUGCCAUCCAUUCACCGGCGGGCUCUGUUAUGGUGAUUCCUCGUGAGCGUAUCGCGACUGGCGAGUACUUGACAAGAUUGUAUGUGCAAGUGCCCGGGGAUGUGAAACCGGACAGCGAUCAACAGACUGAGGAUGGGCCGAACACUCCUCCCACGGCAGAUGCUAGAGCUCGCCGGGGCCAGGUCACAGAGCAGACUAUCUUUGAAAAUGCUGCAGCAGUCUUCAAGCCGUACUAUAUUCGACCGAAGAAAGACGGCGCCGUGGACUGGUGGGCGGCUUAUCAAAUUGGUCAGCGGGUCACGGAUAGCUUCUCCGUUAAGGAUUCGAAAGGUGUAAAUCGUGUCUUUAUUGCCGGAGAUGCUUGCCAUACACACAGUCCGAAGGCAGGACAAGGGAUGAAUGUCUCCAUGAUGGACUCUUAUAACCUGGCCUGGAAGCUAGUAUAUGCCAUCCAUGAACUUACGCCCAGCGUAAGCAGCGGACAACCAGAUCCUCUCCUAGACACAUACCACAUCGAACGUCAUACUAUCGCACAUCAACUGAUUGAGUUCGACCGGGACUUCUCAUCGAUGUUCUCGGGAAAGAUUGGUGCGUCCGAAGACGGUGUUGGAGGGCUUACCCAUGAUCAAUUCCUCGAAGUAUUCAGCCGAGGCAAUGGAUUCACCAGUGGGUGCGGAAUCGAGUACCCCGAUAACAUUACGGCGGUAAGAGACCUGAAGGGGGAGAAGAACCCAAUUAAAGGUACCGACUAUCUGUCAGGCGUUUUGCGUCCUGGGCGGCGACUAUUGAACGUGCGUUUGGUCCGUCAUGCGGAUGGUUAUCGUCGCGAUCUGCAAGAUGAUUUCGCGUCUACUGGACGAUUCCGCAUUCUUUGUCUCGCGUCGACGGAUUUGCUAGAUCCUAAUGGCACUUCUACCCAGACGCUGACCCAGCUUGGCGCCAUGAUUCCUCGGUUCCCACUGUCGGUGCUUGAGCAGGUAGCUGUUCACCCUCGCCUGGAAAAAGACUUCAUGUGGACCGAUAUUCCACGAGAGUUAAAGCAAUACUCUGAAAUGUCGUUCUACAGCGGGUAUGAGAUUGAUGAUGUCUACGGCAUUUACGGCGUCAACCCGGCCGAGGGUGCUUUGGCUGUUGUUCGUCCUGAUGGAUAUAUUGGUGUUAUUGCUGCCUUGGGCGAUGUGAAGCGCGUGGAAAGCUACUUGGAAUCUCUGAUCCGUACUAUCUAG